UCUAGACGUCUACUGGUCAUUUUAAUGACCAUUAUUUAGCCGGUGGGCUUAACAUAUAUUAGGUGGACAGAUUUAGUUCGGCCAUUGACUGUUUUGGUAUUUGAAAAAUUUAUUAUUGAAUUGUUUUUGUUUUUGGCAAGAUCUUCCGGGACUAUUUUCGCAGUGAUUGUUGGGAACUAUAUGUAUUAUAAACAAUUUCAACUGGAUUUGUUGAUCUAAGACAAUGAUGAUUUAUGGAUAUUAAACUGUGAUACGUAUUAAGCCUAAGCUUUUUUUUUCAAAAUGAACGAUAUCAACGCUAACAACAGUUACAACAGAAAACCAUUGUCGCCGAAAGAACAAAAGGCAUUGCUGCAGCUUCAAGAAAAUACAAAAGACAUUGCAGACCAAAAUAGCUAUGAUUUGGAAAAAUGGCUUCGAGCUCGAUGCUUUGAUGUCAAAAAAGCGGAACAAAUGUUACGAAACAGCAUCGAAUUCAAACAAAAGAUAAGAGUCAAUACUCUACUUCAAGAGUACAAGCCACCUGAGGUAUUACGAAAAUACUUAACUGGUGGAUUUUGUGGUCAUGCCAUUGAUGGUUCCCCACUACGCGUGGAAUUGUUUGGAAAACUUGAUAUCAAAGGACUUAUGUUUUCUACAAAAAAAUCUGACCUGGAGAAAACAAAACUUCUUCAGUGUGAAUCAACAAUCAAAGACUGGUCAGAACAAAGUAAAAAGCUUGGACGACCAGUUGAUGGUUUGACAGUUAUAUUUGAUAUGGCCGAUACAGGAACUUCAAUGUUAUGGGUUCCAGGGAUGCAGAUGUAUUUGCAUUUGGUGAAGAUAUUAGAAGAUAAUUAUCCAGAAAUGAUGAGACGUUUGUUAGUUAUAAAUGCACCACGAAUAUUUCCACUACUGUAUAAAAUUGCAAGACCAUUGAUCAGUGAUGAAAUGAAACAGAAAAUACAUGUAAAAGGAGAUGAUUACAAAGACUUAUUGUUACGUUACGUUGAUCCAGACAACUUACCAGCCUGCUAUGGUGGAAAGUUAACAGACCCAGACGGAAAUCCGAAAUGUGUUACGAAGAUUUGCCAAGGAGGGACAGUCCCAGAAAAAUAUUAUCUUCAGAAUUCCGACAACAUAUCACAAAUGCAAUCCGCUACCGUCCCUCGUGGUGAUAAACUUUACUUAGAAUACAGAGUAGAUAAACCGGGUAGUGUAAUAAGUUGGGAAUUUCAAUCGGAAGACCAUGAUGUUGGAUUUGGUCUCCUUUAUGAAGAAAAUGAAAAGUAUGAAAUUAUCAGCAAAGUGACCAGAGUCAAUAGUCACCAUGUAUUAGAAGAUGGUGUUCAUACUUGUGAGAAGACUGGGAAAUAUUUCUUGUGCUUUGAUAACAGUUUUAGUUGGACACGAUCAAAGAAAAUUCGUUAUGUGUGUGAAGUUAUUGCCCCUGAUGACACUCUUAUAUCUCAAGAGAUUAAUAAGUUGAUAGAAGACGGAGAUUGGGAAACUUUAUCAGAAAGAUUUGAAACAACGCAUUUAUGAUGUAUUAUGUCUGUUAAAUAUUUAUUUUAGGUUGUUAUGUAUUAUACUAAAUGCAUUCAUGCAUUCUCAAAACUGGUAAUGUAUCCAAACAAUGCAAUUGGUUAUUUGUACGAACCUUUAAAUGCAUAAUUUGAAGUU